AUGGGAAGUGGUGGCUCAACGCAGUUCUACCAGCUCACCCCGGCGGAGGAGCAGGACUUUGCCGCGCUCAGUCAGGAAGAGCAACAGAAAAUAUCAACAGCAUUGUCCAGGCUUGAGGAAGACAGAGCUCAGGCAUCUGGCUGGGACAACAUCAUCAAUGCGGCUGGUGCUGGACUGGUUCAAACAGUGCGGCGCUUCCUCCAAGAGGACCCAGCCGCUGUGCAAAGUACAGAUGAGAAUGGCCGGACGGCCUUGCAACUUGCAGCGUUGAACCGUCAUGCCCAAGUGGUGAAGGAACUUCUAGCUGCCAGGGCAGCAGUACAGGCAGCCGAUCAUGAUGGUGACACAUCUUUACACCAUGCGGCUUUUGGCAGCAGCGCAGAGGUGGUUCAGGACCUGCUUGCUGCCCGUGCAGAUGUGGACGCCAAAAACAAUAAUGGUCGAACUGCUCUGGAUUUCGCGCAGAUGAAGGGCUGCCAGGAUGUUGUGGCCUUGCUCAGCUUUGCCACUUGGCAACGUUUUCAUACGUGA